AUGAGGUUCACAUUGUGGCCCUUGGCCGCGGCCGCUGCCGUGUUAGCCGUGCCGGCUCCUCAACAAUUCCCGCCGACAAGGACCUCGUCAACUACCGGCACACCAACGGCGUCGACAUCGCCCAGCGGAACGGCCCCUGGUGGCUCCAACAAUGCCUGCGCCCAGAUCCGACCCAAAAUGCAAGAGUUCCGUCAGGCUAACCCGAAAGAACCUCCCCAAGUCCCGGCGCAGUUGGCAUUCGACUGUCUCCAGACGGUGCCGAAUAAGCCCGGCCCGGCCAAGGAUUUGAUCAAGAGUCUGAAGGCCUACGUUCAAUGGCAGUCGACCCUGUCGUGGCUCAAGUCGCCGCCGGCGUCCUACAUGCUGCCGCCCGUCGACAUCGAGGGCGGCCUUGAUGAAAUAGGGAGCAAGGCCGAGGCUGGCCAGUACAAGAGCGAAUACGAUUUCCAGCUUGCCAUCUUCAAGUUGAUCGCCUCGGCCCACGAUGGCCACUUUGCCUUCCGCGGCGACGUGUUCAAGGGGUUCAGCUUCCGUAACAGGCUCGCCGCCGACAUCGUCUCCGUCUCCCGCGACGGUGUCGAGAUUCCCAAGCUGUAUCAUCUCUCGCAAAUCAACGACACCGCCGCCCCGGCCAUCGUCAAGAUCAACGGCAGAGAUGCCGUCACGGCCAUCGGCGACAUCAACCUGAAGUUCAGCGGCUUCCAGGACCCCGACUCGCAGUGGAACUCCAACUUCAAGUCCUACGCGUCCAGCCAGGGCUUCCUCGUCGUCGCCGCCUCCCUCGCCUUCCAGGGCAGCAAGGUCACCCUCACCUACGACAACGGCGACGAGCGGUCCGAGGACAGCUUCGCGCUGAUCCGGCCGGGGGCCAACUUCACCGGCGUCAACAGCGGCGACGACUACUACAGCCGUUUCUGCGACCCCGACAACGCACCCAAGGCCCCAUCGCUGCCGCCCGGCAUGAUGCCGAACCAGACGAACCCCAGACCGAACAGGCCCGACCUGCCGCCUCCCCCGCCUACCAUCGAGGGCUUCCCCUUCCCCAUUGUGCGCGACAGCGGCGCCAACACCACGUCCGGCUACUUCCUGAACGGCACCGGCUACGACGACGUCGCCGUGCUCUCGGUCCUGUCCUUUGCGUCUCCCGAUCCCAGUGCGAUCGACGCCAUCGAGUACCUGACCAAUUUCCAGAGCACCGUGGCUGAGUUCCUGGCCAAGAGCAAGGAGGCGGGGAAGAAGCGUCUCGUGAUUGACGUCGCGGCCAACGGCGGUGGCUUCGUCAUCGCCGGCUACGAGCUGUUCGCCCAGCUUUUCCCCGAAGUGGAUCGCUUCCAGGCGAACAACAUGCGCUUGGCGGAGGGCCUCGUCAGUUUGGCCCGCCUCACGGACGGGAUCCCUGCCAACUUCACGCCGACGUCGGCCGACGAGCGGGAUGCCAUUCAGGACCUGAUCGGCAGCUCGAUCGUCAGCAACCUCAUCCCCGGUGGCGUCUUCACCCCGGACGGGAAGGCCUUCACGACGGUUGACCAGAUCCUGGCCCCCGUCACCCUCAACGGCGACAGCUUCACCGCCUACCAGCAGGCGCCCCUCAACCAGACGGACCCGACCUUCAACCUCACCGGCGUCGGCAGCCGGUCCAACCCGCCCGGCCGCGUCUUCGACCCCGAGAACGUCGUCAUCUUCACGGACGGCACCUGCGGCUCCACCUGCACCAUCUUCUCCUACCUCAUGAUCCUGCAGAUGGGCGUCAAGACCACCGUCAUUGGCGGCCGCCCCACCACCGGCAUCAUGCAGUCCGUCGCCGGCGUCGAGGGCGCCCAGGUCUUCUCCUUCAACGACAUGACGGCCGACGCCAGGGCCAUCCUCGACCUCACCCCCAAGGAACGGCGGGAGGAGCUGAUGAGCGGCGAGCUCGGCGAGCUGGCCAAGGGCUACGCCAUCAAGCGCGCCACGACCCCCAGGAGCGCCGGCGCCAUCAACGCCAAGAACGCAUUCUCCAUGUCCGACGCCAGGACGCCGCUCCAGUUCCUCUGGGAGCCGGCCAACUGCCGCAUCUUCCACACCCGCGAGUCGCUCUUCCAGCCCGAGGUCGCGUGGAAGCGCGUCGUCGACGCGACCUGGCACAACCCCAUGCAGUUCUGCGUCGCCGGCAGCCAGACCCCGGUGAAGAAGGACGUCACGAUGGACCCGCUGUUCAAGCAGAGCCAGAACAACACCGGCCUGCCCAGCGCCGCCCCCGAGGGCGUGUCCGCCGCCGGCCUGAGACUUGCCGUCCUCCUAACUGUGCUUACGGCUGCAGUGCUGAGCCUGUAG